AUGGCUGUGGCAGCCAGCACCUUCAUACCAGGGCGCAACCCUCAGAACCGUCACUAUAUCCCGGGGUACACUGGACAUUGCCCACUGCUCCGGUUCAGCAUGGGCCAGACCUAUGGGCAGGUGACCCGUCAACUACUUCGAGGCCCUCCUGGCCUAGCCUGGCCCCCUGCCCAUCGCACACUUCUGCCUCCCAUUCGGCCUCCAAGAUCUCCUGAUGUUCCCAGGGGGAGCCUACCUCUCAGGCGUGGGCAGGAAAGGCUCAGCUCCAGCGUGAUCCCUGGGUACACAGGUUUUGUACCCCAGGCACAAUUCAUCUUUGCUAAGAACUGCAGCCAGGUCUGGGCUGAGGCUCUGAAUGAUUUUACUCAGUGGCAUGGGGGGCAAGGAAGUCAAGAGCUGCCAAAGGAGGCCAAGGGAGAAAAAGACAUGGAGAAAGACCAAGAGCCAAAGAUGGAGCUGGAGCUGGAGGUGACGAUGCCAGAGAUGGAGCAGCAGGCUUCUCCCUACUCCAUGGAUGACAGAGACCCUCGGAAGUUCUUCAUGUCAGGCACUGCAGGAAUUUGGGCAGAAGUACUCACAGGGCAGAGCUCAGAAGGAUUUCAAACAUCUCCCCCCACUACCCAGGACCUACCCUCAGCACCAGGGUCUUUUACCUAA